AUGGAAGAAAGUGAUAAAAAAUGCUACGAAAAUCUCGAAAAAGUAGGGACUUCAUUAGAAGUGAAAAUCAAGCUCAAUUCCAAAUUUGACACUCUUAAAGACACGAUUUACCUUAUCUGCAGCGAGAAGAGGUUUGUGAGAGCUUUUAUUACAUACCAGAGGAAAGUGCGUCUUACAGACAUGGAAAUGGCAAAGCCAAUCCAACAAGUGAAGCCUACACUUUGUGAAACACUGUGGUACAUGGCACACAAAAUAUUUGGCAACAAGCCGUACACAGAAGAAGCACAUAUGUUCAUUUUUGGAAUUAUCAUCAUGUCUCAAAGGUUAUCGUCAAUCUCCGGAAACGACGUUCCAAAAAAUCCGUCUGCUGUUGCAUCAUCUAGAACACCUACUAUACAAGAAAUUCUCCUUUGUGCAGACUCAGUACAAGCAGCUUCAUGGUGUAAUGACGAAGGUCUCAAUGGUGAUGAAAAAUUCGAGACUGUAUUGGAGGCAAAGAUUGCACUCCUUCAACAUCGAGGGAACUUACUGAAUUUGACUACACUAUUACCUCCUCCCAUUGCCGUUGCUCCAUCGCUACUUCAACAAUUCGCUUCCACAAAAGAUGACUUCUUACAGCUAGUUCACGAGAUCGAAAGUCUUGUCAAUUCAGAUCAUGCAUAUCGGUGGUUUAAACAUCUCAAAUUGACAGAAAGCACAGACAGUUGGUUGACCAAACAAGACUUUGAAGAAAUCAGAAGGGAGUGCCUUAAAAAGCCAGUGCUCCUAAUUGCAGGUUGUACUUCUUCCGGCAAGACAACCUUGGUUAACGCUUUGCUUGGAGAAUCAAUCCUUCCCACAAGCCACAAUGCUACAACCUCUACGCUUUGUGAGGUUAAAUACGGCAAGAUAGCAAUGGCAGUUGCUCAUUACCGAUGUGACAAUGACAAAGAGAUUGAGAAGCAGUUUGAUUUAACUACUCGUGAGAACAAGCAAAAAUUCUACAAAAUGCUUUCUGAAGCAAAAAUCCACAAUGACCAACUUCAAGUAGCAUCAACUGACAAAACGGAAACUGGUCGUAGCAUUGACUGCAAUGGUAAAUUGUCGCGAUUGGAAAUCUUAUGGCCUAUGGAGUUUUUGAAAAACAUUACGUUGGUUGAUAGUCCAGGGGUAACAGAAGACGAUGCUGAGACAUUUGGUUCUAAAGAUAUUACAGAGAGGUGUCAGGAAAAUGUUGCUUGUGGUUUUAUCUACGUGCUGGACGGAAAUCGAUCUGCAGAAGAAGCGGCCCAGGCUGGUCAUUUACUAAAAGCGUUUGAGAAAUCAACAUGUAAAGAGUUGCCUUCACCUGAAUCGGCAAUUUUUGUGCUAAACAAGUGGGAUAAGGCUUUAAAAGUCAUCAGCUGUUAA